CAAAAGCCAUUAAGCCAAAAAACAAAAACCCUUUUCUCUAUUAAUCUCCUUCAUUCUUAAGAAGAAAAAAAGUGUUUUAAGAACUAAACCCUUUUUUUUUCUUUUUCAUUCUUUCUAAAACGCCGUUAACGGAGGCACCGUCACAAAACAGUGGAACACGUUCUCGUGCGUGUCACGUGACUUUUCAAAACCCUAAUUUCUCACUUUAUGGCUUUGGAACAACCAAACCCUAAUUCCGAUGAUGGAACUGUUAACGGUAACGGAACACCACCGUCCUCCGCCGUGAACGGUGGCGAGGAUGGAAAACCAACGGCGAGGUUGCCACGUUGGACUAGGCAGGAGAUUUUGGUUUUGAUACAGGGAAAGAGUGAUGCUGAAAGCCGGUUCAAACCGGGUCGGAAUGGGUCUGGGUUUGGUUCGAGUGAACCGAAAUGGGCGUUGGUUUCUUCGUAUUGUAAGAAACACGGUGUGAACCGGGGUCCGAUUCAGUGUAGGAAGCGGUGGAGCAACCUCGCCGGAGAUUAUAAGAAGAUAAAGGAGUGGGAGAGUCAGGUGAGAGAUGAAACGGAGUCGUUUUGGUUGAUGAGGAAUGAUUUGAGGAGAGAGAGGAAAUUGCCUGGGUAUUUUGAUAAGGAGGUUUACGAAAUACUUGAUUCGCCGUCGAUGGCGGUGGCAGCGGCUGCAGCUGUGGCUGCAUCGGUUGUUGUUCCGGUGAAUGUGUCGGUGUCAGUUUCAGAGACGGUUGGUGGGGAUGAGGAGGUUCAUAUUUAUGAUAGUAAUAGGAAAGUGAGUGGUGAAGAUGGGUUGUUUUCUGAUUUUGAGAAGGAUGAGGUUUUGGUGGCUAAUAAGGAUGUUCAUGUUCCUUCACCUGUUCCUAUAUCAGAGAAGCAGUUUCUACCACUCCUCCGUGGCUGCCAAGGAGAAGGCAAUGCUCCAGGUACCAACAAUGAGAAACAACCAGCCUCAAAUCCAGAGACGGGUUCUACAUCCCAAGGGGAACGUAAGAGGAAGCGGUUCGCAACCAAUGGAGACGGCAAUGAAGAGGAGGAAAGUUUGCAUAGUCAAUUAAUUGAUGUGUUGGAGAAAAAUGGGAAAAUGCUAAGUGAACAACUAGAGGCUCAGAACAUCAAUUUUCAAUUGGAUCGGCAGCAGCAGAAUGAAACUGCAAGUAGCAUAGUUGCUGUGCUUGAUAAGCUUGCAAAUGCUCUUGGAAGAAUUGCAGAUAAGCUGUAGUGCAAGAAGGUUCAGAGUAGUAGUGUACAUACCAUUUGGAGUCAACAGUAGCGGGUCCCUGCAUUAUUUUUUGGUCAAAUUUUCCCUUACUUUUAGUAUUAUUAAACUGUUACUGCCAUUAUAGGACUAGGACUAUAUACAACCUUUGGGAGUUGCUGCAUUUAUUCUCUUUUUUAUUGAGGUUUUCAUGAAUCUUUCCCUGGGAAAUAAUAGUGGUUGUACAGAAGAUAUUAUUAAUUAGGUUUUUUUUAUAUUAAUUUCUCUCUACGAGUUUAGGGAAUUUUCAUUAUUGAGUUAGCGUUCGAGGUCCAGUUAGACCCGUUCAACCCGAUGAUAUGUGCCAAACAAACUCAUAUUUUACUUGAACUCAGUUCAAAUCUGAGUCCAUAUGGAAUCAACCUGUUUAAAUUCUGGGGGUGUUUGA